ACCUGGAGAAAAGACCCGAUACGCUCUGCCCAGCGGAAGGCCAGAGUUAUAUUUGUCAUUGACCAGGACUUGUUUUUUUUUCUUUUUCUUCCUUGUGAUGUAUCAUACCAGCCUGACGCCUGACAUGGAUUCAGUCUCUCCCACCUGCCGGACUGAGUCUCCUGUCGGGACGCUGUGCCAGAAGACGCCAGAAGAGGCGAGCUCUCCGGCUUCCUCCUCAGAGAGCAAUGCAAAGGAGCUCUGCCAAGAAAUGAGCAUUCAAGACACUCCAUUUGUUCCAACAGUCACUGCAAUUUCCUCUACCCCAGAUUUCCAGUGGAUGGUCCAGCCUACAAUUAUUACAUCUGUCUCCCCAUCUCUGGGUAGCAAGCAAGCCAAUGAACCACAAAGCUCUCACCAGGCAACACCCAAAGAGGGCGGGAAUAAGGGAAAAAAUGCUGUCAGAAAAGGGAAAACAGAUCAGCUGUCUCCAGAGGAGGAAGAGAAAAAGAGGAUAAGGAGGGAGAGGAAUAAAAUGGCUGCAGCAAAGUGUCGCAACAGACGGAGGGAACUCACGGACACACUGCAAGCUGAGACAGACAAGCUGGAGGAGGAAAAAGCAGCCCUGGAGACGGAAAUAGCCAACCUCCUCAAAGAGAAAGAACGGCUUGAAUUUAUCCUUGCCACACAUAAACCAGUGUGCCAGAUGUCAGAAGAGCUGGAGUCUAUUUUCCAGGAGCCCACGGGGUCUCCAGAGCUACCGCUCAGUCCAGGCGACGACAGACUUCCAGAUGAUGGCACCCAGGAGGCUCCUUCGCUCCAGGACAUGGACAUCCCCAGUGAUCCGUCCACAGCCAUCUCUGGGAACUCCAAUAUCUUGCUGUGUGCCAGUGCUGAAAUAAACAUCUGCGAUCUCGAGCCCUCUCUGGACAUGAAGGAGGGGCUACUGGAAAAUAUGUUACCCAGUUUGGAGGACAAAACCCCGAUGGAGACGGCUCGAUCCGUGCCAGACAUAGAUCUGAGCAGCUCUCUCGGGGUCUCGGACUGGGAGACCCUGUAUAAGUCUGUUUCCAGCGACCUGGAGCCUCUCAGCACUCCCGUGGUGACCUCCACCCCCACCUGCAGCAGCUACCUGUCUGUGUUCACGUUUGCGUGUCCUGAGCUGGACUCUCUCACAGAGGGACUAGACAGCCAUAAAGGUGGAGGGGGCAAAGCAGAAUCUGUCGACAUCCUCAACUCUCCAACUCUCCUAGCCUUAUAACGUACAGAGGGAAGUGCUCUGUCUGAUCUGGUUCCUGACUUUGAAAUGAUGCGAAACAACAUAUGCCACAGUAUGCUGUAACACUUCAAGGAAUACAUUCAUGAAAUGUCUUGUGUUUGACUAAGCAAACAUGUAAACUUUCUCCAGAUACAUAGCCAACAGAGGGAUGUAGCUAAAAGCAUGGCUCUUACUUUUAAAGGAGGGACUGAAGGAAGUUUUGAUUUUAAAACGCAUGCUGAGAAAUGCCAAAUUAUUUUCAAAGCAUAUAUAUAUAUAUAUGAUCUGUUACUAGAUCUAAGAUGUAAUGUGGGUUUUAAUGUUACAGUAUGGUUUUGUGUUUUGGAGUCAAUAGUGUAUUGAUUGCUGUAAAUGUUGUAUUUACAUAUUCAUCCAUGUCAAGUACCUGCAUACCUCAAUGUCAUCAACUGUGGUUUGACCUCAUUGAAAGUUUUCCAUGAAAACAUCCAGUGCUAUAUACUAUAUAUCUUAUCAAGAUGUAACUUAUGGUUUAUUUUUUUACCUUUCAGAUUUUGACUUAUUUGUUAAAUUAAAAAAAUAAGUGAAAAUAAGCAUUGAUUGAUCUAUGCUGCUGAGUAAUUACAAUAAACCUACAUUCAGAGUGGUGUUUGGUGCUG